GGUACAGAUAUUAAUAAGAGACUGUAUCUGAAUCAGAUUGUAGAAGGUAAAAAUGGCGGGAGCUGACGAGAAACUAGAGCUGAUUAAACGGAAUCUACAGGAAGUUAUAGGAGAAGAUAGAUUAAAGAUAAUAUUAAAAGAGAGAGAUGUUAAACUGUACUGGGGAACAGCCACCACUGGUAAACCACAUGUAGCCUAUUUCGUACCAAUGACUAAAAUAGCUGAUUUCUUAAAGGCAGGUUGUGAGGUAACAAUAUUAUUUGCUGAUUUACAUGCGUACCUAGACAAUAUGAAAGCUCCCUGGCCAUUGUUACAUCUGAGAGCGGAAUAUUAUCAAAGAAUUAUUCAAUCCAUGUUAAAAUCUCUGGGAGUUCCGUUAGAUAAAUUAAAAUUCGUCAAGGGUACUGAUUACCAACUAUCGAGGGAAUACACAUUAGAUGUAUACAGGUUAUCAUCUAUUGUAACAGAACAUGAUGCGUUGAAAGCUGGCGCGGAAGUUGUCAAACAAGUAUCAUCUCCUCUACUCAGUAGUUUACUGUAUCCUAGUUUACAGGCAUUAGAUGAAGAAUAUUUAAAAGUUGAUGCUCAAUUUGGUGGAGUGGACCAGAGAAAAAUCUUUGUUUAUGCUGAAAAAUAUCUUCCACAGUUAGGAUACACUAAAAGAAUUCAUCUGAUGAAUCCAAUGGUGCCAGGCCUGACUGGAGGUAAAAUGAGUGCAUCUGAUCCAGAUUCUAAAAUAGAUCUACUUGACUCUCCAGCUGAUCUGAAGAAGAAGUUAAAGAAAGCGUUCUGUGAGCCUGGUAAUAUAGAGAAUAACGGAGUAUUGGCGUUCUGUAAAUUUGUCCUCUAUCCUGUUUAUAACGAGAUUAAAAUAGAAAGAACAGAAGAACAUGGUGGAAAUAAAACAUACGAUAAUUUUACAGAUUUACAGGAAGAUUUUAGAUUAGAGAAAGUACACCCAGGAGAUUUAAAGGCAUCGGUAGAAAAAGCAUUGAAUAAAUUACUGGAACCAAUUAGAAAAGAAUUUGAAUCAGCAGAACUGAAAAAAUUAACGGCAGAAGCCUACCCCCCACCAGAAAAGAAGGGAGCGAGUGUUGAAGAAAUCAUUCCUAGUAGAUUAGAUUUACGUGUCGGGAAAAUUAUCUCCGUAGAAAAGCAUCCUGAUGCUGAAAGUUUAUUUGUGGAGAAAGUUGACUUAGGAGAAGAGAAUCCCCGUACUGUGGUGAGUGGUUUGAAUAAUCUGUAUCCGAUGGAGAAACUACAAGACCGACUAGCUGUGUUUGUUUGUAAUCUAAAACCAGCCAAAAUGAGAGGAGUUUUAUCAGAGGCCAUGUUGAUGUGUGCUUCUACCCCUGAAUCUGUGGAACCUCUCGAGCUACCAAGUGGUACCAGUCUUGGAGAACGUGUUUUCUUCGAAGGUUACGAACAAAAUCAACCAGAUGAAAAAUUAAAUCCCAAGAAAAAAAUCUGGGAAAAAUUACAGCCUGAUCUACAUAUAUCUGGUGAGGGUGUGGCUCAAUGGCAGGCGUGUAAUAUGAUUACAAAACUAGGCAUUGUCACUGUACCAUCGUUAAAAAAUGUUUCAAUUAAAUAAACUUUACAGCUUCACUUAACUUAUAAAAUAUAUCAUCAGCUAAAAUC